GAUCAGUGGUAAAUACAAUUUAUAAUUUCAAAAUGCCUUACAUAUCGCAAGGCAAUAUACAAGAAAGCCGAAGUAUUUGGCGGGCUAGUAUCGUCCAAGAUACGUUUUGGGGAAUUAUUAAUUUCGUGGUACUUUUCUUUCGAACAAUGUUCUCCCCUGACAUGACAAAGAAAGGAAUUUCACAAUCAACUGAUUAUCGAAGGCCUGGUGGAGGACCACCACGACCUCCAGGAAGACGAAUGGGUCGUGUUGGUGGUGGAGGAGGUGGACCAAGUCCUCCACCAAUGGCUGGUGGUGGAUGAGGAAGGUAAACGCUUGUUGCUGAUGAGCAACAAGCGUUGGACCUGGAAGCAGCAAUGAAUACAAAAAAAGUUUUCAUUGGGGUCCUAAACUUAUUUAAAUAUGAGAAGCCAUCAUGGUCUUAGUGAAGUCAUUUAAAAAAUGAACUGUUGAUAAACACAUGUAUAGCUUUUCAAAUGAAUUGCUCAUCAUACAUGUACCAUCCAUACUUUUAUUUUUAAUGCCCCUACAAAUACAUGAAUCAUCCUAUGUACUCCUUAACAUUGAAGACUCCCUAUUAAAGACCCACUCCUACCAAGGAAUUAAAUAACAUUGAAUGGUACAUUUUGUGAAUGAACAAAUGGUACAUGUUGUGAUGUGUAAUUCUAUGUAAAGUCAUGUAUGAAAUCCUAUGAGUAAAAUUAUAUUACUAUAACCUCAUUGGAUGGAUGUAGUAUGCUCUUUAUGUAAAAAUUAUAUGUAUUUAUAAUACAAAUCUGAAAUAAAACUGUAAUUAUUACGAAA